GUUACCGUCGGUGUUAUUAUUCCCGGCGUAAUUUUCCAAUCAUCACUGCUCUAUUCUUAAGGCGAGGCUAGCUAUCUGUUCUUUAUUUUCAAAUCUUCUUCUCUAUGUUCUUUCUUUAGAAGUCAGAAACUUUGCCGCCAUUUUCAGUAAAAGGUUGAUUCUACAUUCACUAGAUAUAUCUAAAAACUAGGGUUUUAAUUAGACUGGUUAAUCUGAUCAACAAUGUCAGAUUCUGGUGAAGCUAAAACGUCAGAGGAAGAAUCUCAACUUGCUGAGCAAGAAACAGAGACUCGAGAAGGUGAAAUAACUAAUAAGAACUUCAAGAAAAGAAGUCUCGAUGCAGACGAAGAUGGAGACUCGAAAAACGAAAGCUCCAGAUUAGAGAAGAAGGUCAAAAAAGCAACGUCGAGGAAGCUUCAAACUGACUUUGAGCCAAGGGAGGAAAAUGAUGCAUUGCCCUUAGCAUGUUCCAUUUGCAAAAAACCAUUCAUGGAUCCUGUUGUCACCAAAUGCAACCAUUACUUUUGUGAGAAGUGUGCUCUAAAGCAUCAAACUGAGAACGAUAAUUGUUUUGUGUGUAAAGAGCCAACUCUAGGGGUUUUCAACACAGCCGUGGAGAUCAAGGAAAGAAUAGAUGAAGAACGUGAGAAAGCCAGAGCCAUGGUGAAGGAAGUGAGAGCAAUGUUGGAAAAGGCAUCGACAAUGGCGGAUGACGCGAGGGGAAUAUCGGAAAAGGCUGUAAAAAUGGUGGAGGAGAUUGAAACAAUGGUGGAAAAAGUGACGACUAUGGCGACAAAGGCGGCAGAAACGGCUUCAAUGGCGGCAGAUAUGGUGCAAGAAGCUGAGGAGACGAUGGAAACGGCUAAAGCUAAUAUGGCGAAAGCGUUUGCGAUAUCUGGUCGGAAGAUGGAGAUGAUCGGAGAAGACGAUAGAGAGAUGAUCGGAGCUCUGGUGACGGCGCAGUCCUUACGGUUGCAUCAUCGUCACCAUUGCAAAGAGAACCAGUGUACCUCUGUUCUCGUCAAAUACAUUCAAGCUCCUGUUCAUCUCGUUUGGUCACUUGUGCGGAGAUUUGACCAGCCGCAGAAAUACAAACCAUUUAUAAGCAGAUGCACUGUUAAUGGUAAUCCUGAGAUUGGUUGUCUCAGAGAAGUUAAUGUCAAAUCUGGUCUUCCUGCGACUACCAGUACCGAGAGAUUGGAACAGCUUGAUGAUGAAGAACACAUCCUCGGUAUCAACAUCAUUGGUGGUGAUCACAGACUUAAGAAUUACUCUUCGAUCUUGACUGUACAUCCGGAGAUGAUCGAUGGAAGGUCAGGAACUAUGGUGAUUGAGUCUUUUGUUGUGGAUGUUCCCCAAGGCAACACCAAAGAUGAUACAUGUUACUUUGUGGAAUCACUCAUAAAGUGUAACCUCAAAUCCUUGGCUUGUGUCUCUGAAAGAUUGGCUGCUCAGGACAUUACCAAUUCAAUCGCCAGUUUCUGUAACACUUCCAAUGGAUACAGAGAGAAGAAUCAUACAGCAACCAACCUUUGACGAUAUGGAGAGAAGAAUCAUACAGUAACCUUUGGAGAUAUGGCUCGAUUAGUCCCACGUACAAACUCAGUGAAUGAAGAAAGAUCCAGUGCGUUUAGAAUCUUCCACUAAGAAAUUCUUUAGUCUGGU